GUGUGCGUAGCCGCAGAGCACGUGGUGUGUGACAUUCUUUGAAACUUCGAACACAGCCACAGAACUUUAUAAAAGGCCCACACUUUGUCGUGAAACAAACGCGCGAUCCAUAGUCUUGCAAACUUACAUUUCGUUAGCGUUAUACACAAAAUGGCUCAUCCCAAAGAAGUUGGCGGCUACAAGCUCGGUGCUUUGAUCAUCGAAGGCAAAACGAAGCAGGUCUUCGACCUUCCCAACGAGCCUGGCCUCUGCCUGCUGCUCAACAAGGACCGCAUCACCGCCGGGGAUGGAGUCAAGGCCCACGACCUUGAAGGAAAGGCCGCCAUCUCUAACCAAACGACUGCCAAAGUUUUCAACAUCUUGAAAGAAGCGGGUAUUAAAACCUCAUUCGUCAAAAUCGCAUCGCCGACAGCAUUUGUGUCGAAAAAAUGCGAGAUGAUCCCGAUUGAGUGGGUGACCCGUCGCCUGGCAACCGGCUCCUUCCUCAAGAGGAACCCUGGAGUGCCCGAGGGCUUCAGGUUCUGCCCCCCCAAGCAGGAGACAUUCUUCAAGGAUGAUGCCAACCAUGACCCCCAGUGGUCCGAAGAACAAAUCGUCUGCGCUAAAUUCAAAUUCAAUGGGCUUACCAUUGGUCAAGAUGAAGUCGACUACAUGAGGAAGGCGACUAUCCUGGUGUUCGAGAUCUUGGAGAAGGCGUGGGCUCUCCGCGACUGCGCCCUCAUCGACAUGAAGAUCGAAUUCGGUGUUGAUAGCGAAGGUAACAUUCUGUUGGCUGACGUCAUCGACUCCGACUCGUGGAGGCUCUGGCCCUCCGGAGACAAGAGGCUCAUGGUAGACAAACAGGUAUACAGGAACCUGACGACCGUGACGGCGGCUGACCUGGACACAGUGAAGCGCAACUUCAGCUGGGUGAAGGACCAGCUCGACUUCCUCACGCCCAACGUGCACCACAAGGUGGUCGUCUUCAUGGGCUCGCCCGCCGACCUGGAGCACUGCCAGAAAAUCGCUAAAGCGGCCCGCGACCUCGGCCUGAACGUGGACUUGCGCGUGACGUCAGCGCACAAGGCGACGGAGGAGACCCUGCGCAUCAUGCAGCAGUACGAGGACACGCACGGCGCGCUCGUGUUCAUCGCGGUCGCCGGCCGCUCCAACGGGCUCGGGCCUGUGCUGUCCGGGAACACCUCCUACCCAGUCAUCAACUGUCCCCCGCCUUCAGACAAACUGGUUCAGGACAUCUGGUCAUCGCUCUCGGUGCCUUCGGGCCUGGGUUGCUCUACCGUGAUCUACCCCGACAGUGCUGCCCUCAUGGCCGCGCAGAUCAUUGGCCUCCAAGACUACAUCGUGUGGGCCCGCCUCAGGGUCAAGCAACUCGAAAUGGCCACCGCCCUCAGACAGGCCGACAAGAAAAUCAGAAACUAAGUCAAAAGCAAAUCUAAGAAACUCGAAUAAAUUUUGUGCAGUAUUUUUGGAACAAAGUUCGUUUAUGUUGAGAUAAAUUACAGAAUAUUUUUUUUGUAUACGAUCUGCUGUCACAUUCCGUAUUGUUUGUUAUGUUAUUAACAAUAAAUCUUUAUAUUUA